AUGGCUGUCUUUCACUCAAGGCCGGCCACCACUCCACGCCUCGGCGAACUCCUGUGCAAUGAAGUGAGCCGGCCACCACUCCACGGUGACUCGCCAUUGUUGGCUUCCGACAGAUCACAGCCUGCCGCAGUCGCUUCCUUCACGCUUAACAGAAGUACCAACUUUGUUGUGAAUGAUUUGAAGUCACACAACACCGCAAGGUCACGUGUAUGCGAACUUCAGAAACUCCCUAAUGACGUCACGCGUGCUUUUACAAAAAAUUUUGGUGAGAAGCCUCCAUAUCUUCUUUUAACUAAAUGGGUCAAGGUUCUCUCUAGCCCGGCCUGCGUCUGUCGUGGCGCAUCCAACUUUCGGAUACCGAAUUUGAUCGAGGUCAAAGAGCGCAAUGAUAAUGGUAACCGUCGUCAGCGCUUGGAUAUACUUGUCCGAUCACACCCAACCUGCCUACGGUUUCGAGCAGCAAAGACUGAAUUCGAUAAACAUUGUGAACGCUCCAAAGAAUACAUGAAACUCCACUGUUGUGGUAUCCCAGUCCAUACUGAAGGAUUAUUAUGGAGAACGGUGUCACCCGGAUGUGACCCCGGUGAAUGUGGUUAUUGA